CCUUGUUUCACCCAAUGGUGGGAAUCUUUAGAUCCGCGCACCAGUCGGACCGGAAGUUCCAUUGUUUGGGCUCCUUGGAGAAAAAAGACACGAGAAAACAGAAGGAAUAGAAGAUAAAGAGAGAAAGAAAGCGGAUUUUCUGCAUUUUGCCAAUUGCAUGUCGACCAGCAACAUACCGUACGGGGCUUAUAGCCAGCCUGAAAUACUAGAACCAUCAUGUCUUUCACCACAAAACAACAAAGACAAUGACGUGAAUACCACUUGAACCACCAAAAGGAUAAUAAACCACAAACAGAGACACAACCACAAUUUCAGCAAUCUCCAGACCGAUCACAGCACAUUGAGAGUUACUAUCGCACAACUGUCCAUGUAGCAUCUCCUGGCCAACCACAGCCCGUUGAGUGUUAUUAUCAUGCAACUGUCAAUAUAACAUACAGAACGGAAUCCACCCAUUCAGGAAUACCAUCGCACAACUGUCUGUAACACAUUCCAGCAGGAUCAGCAUCGCAAUGAAUCACAGUCCGCAGGAACAACGUCAUUGGGACCAAAAACUAAACAGACAAACUCAACAACAGAACAGUUACGUCUCAUUUAUUCACGAACAGCCAGAUUCGUAUUACUUGGAGACACAGCACAAAACACAACAGCAGACAGCACAACUUUAUCAAGAACCAGAGCCGCAGAACUUUCUAUUCCAGAACAACACCAAUCAUGCUCCAAUACAACACCACACCAAUCAUGCCCCAAUACAACACCACACCAAUCAUGCUCCAAUACAACACCACACCAAUCAUGCCCCAAUGUUUAAAACAGAACAGCAAGGAAUUUACAAACCACAGCCAGACCGAAACCAACAACUGCAGGAACAUUGCCAAAAUAACCCAGAACCAAAACGAAAACAAUUACAUCCCAACCAUCAGGACCCACAUAUCCAAACACAAAGGCAAAAAGAACAGCUUCGAUUAGAAGCAAAGAGACUUCGGGAGCGCGAAAGCUACCAUAAAAACCCAGAGUCAAAGAGACUUCGGGAGCGCGAAAGAUACCAUAAAAACUUAGAGGCAAAGCGACUUCAACAGCGGGAACGUUACCAACAAAACUCAGAGGCAAAGCGACUUCAACAGCGGGAACGUUACCAUCAAAACUCAGAGGCAAAGCGACUUCAACAGCGGGAACGUUACCAUCAAAACUCAGAGGCAAAGCGACUUCAACAGCAGGAAUGUUGCCAACAAAACGCAGCGACAAAGCGACUUUGGGAGCGAGAAUCCUACAAACACGACCCGAAGCCGAAGCGACUUCGGGAGUGCGAAACCUACAAACACCACGCAGAACCAAAAAGAAACAGUGAAAAGUCAAAGCAUGCUGAAAAUCCUGCUUUACAAACAACUGCAAAGAAAAGACUAUACCAUCAGAACCUAAACAAAAAAAACAUUUGCUACAAAGUGAAACAAUUAGUAAACACAUACAAAAGGAAAAACAUUUUAAGACUCCAACGCCAAAAACAAUACUACAUCACACGACUUGUGAGAAGCUUAAAAGGCAGGAGUCAUGCUUCAAAACUCAUGACAGCAACAUAUCUUGUUGACCUUUCCAUCGAGGUCUCUUUGAAAAUGCAGAACAACCUACAACGUCAGUUUACUGCACUACAAAGCAGCACAUGUGUCUUUCUUAAACAAAUACAAGCACAGGAUAAUGUCUCCCAACAAGCAGAGAUGAUAUGUGGCCCAAGUCAACACACAUCACACACUGAGGCCUACUUUUGGGAAGGCACAUAUAAUAGCACUGUUCUAUCAUGCAUUCCCAUUGAUGAAAAAGGCCAAUGUCACAUUUUCCCUGAUGUGCCACUGAAAAAGGACAAAAAACAUGCUCAGCCUCAGCCACUGUCACAGGAAGACAACAGUGAAGAACACGGGCAACCAAAGGAAAAUCAAAGCACACACAAAUGGCAGUGCCAUAAAAACAUCUGUCAAAUUGACUUAAGCACUGCUCUUGUUCCAUGUGUACUGGACAUCCUUGAGAGCAUUGUUUCAGAGGACCCAAAACAUGCACGUACAUUUAUGGACACAUUUGAUGACUGUGCAAAUGAGGCUUUUCACUCAUCCAACAAAGCUGGUCAUCCCAUUAGCUGCUACAUGUAUAGGAGCACUUGUAAAUCAUCACUCCGUUACCUCCGUACCCUUGGCUGCCAUUUUCCACGUGUAAGAAAACUUGUACAUAACAUUUAUUCUGUGGUUACAGUGUACCGCCAAAUAACAUCUUUGCAAAAAGCCUUGGAAGAUGGUGAUGAGCACACUAUGACAGAACUGUGCAAACCUUACUUGAACACACCGGACGUGCAUCCCCAGGAACAUCCAGAGUUUUUACUGAGUGACGCAUCCAUUCUCACAAAAUAUCAUGCACAAUUUCUGACUUACACACAACUCUCCGCUGAUACACCAAAACACGCUUGUGCUUCUUGUGACAAGCUGUGCCACAGAAGAGAAUGUGUUCAAAUAGCUACCAUGCAAACAACACCAGACAAUGACAAGUGGCUGAAUCUCAUGGUUUACUUAGAUAGAACCAACACACCAGCACAGUAUGUCUGCCACUACUGCCUGCAAAAGUUUCGCACCAACAAACUGCCACCCCGAUGUGUCCUCAACCAAAUGGCCGUCCCCAGGAUCCCUACUGAAAUUUCAUGCCUCAAUGAUUAUGAAAAAAUUCUUAUUCAACGUGGAAAAGCUUUUCAAACUGUCUCAAGAAUAUCUCCAGUUUCCAGUAGCAAGAGGUUGCCUCACCAACAGAGAGUUCAGAAAAUGCAUGGCCGAACCUUUCACCUGCCAUUGCCUCUUCAGGAAACACUGAGCAAACUACCCCCGCCAAACCAAGCCUUGCCAGAUGACAUGGAACUCCACAUCCUGGUAUGCGGUGCACCAACAAAAUCCAAAACUGUUUUGGAAGACAUUGUGGAUCUCAAUAAAGUGUAUAAUGCUUUACAGAAGUUGAAGGAAAUCAAUCCUUUUUACAAAGACAUCAGCUUGCCACAAAACUCUGUUAACUUGCUUUCUAAUCAUAACUUGAAUGUAUUUCAAUGUCAUUCUGACAAUGAAGACCAAGGUGAAGAUGAAAUCACUGUCAAAGCAACAACCAAAGAACAACCUCACCCCAAAGAACCUUUAUUAUGUAAGGUUGAACCGGAGGAAGAGGCUGUCAUUUACCGCAAUUACACAAUACAUCCCAUACACAGUGAAAGAAAGAAAGGUACAGCGACUGCUCUUUACCAAAUGCUUCACAUACAGGAUGACGCUCUGGAAGACUGGGAGAAAAAACUAGACCUCCUGUGUUUCCCAGACCUGUACACUCAUGGAAUUCAUGGAAUGCAUGCUGAACGGAUGCCCCGUUUGAAUCCAACAGAGUUUGUCAAAGCUCGCCUUCAGUCAUGCCACGCACAAUUCAGGCUCAAUCAACAGUAUAUCUUUCACCUGCAGCAUGAGGCCAAUCUUCGCCAGAUUAACGGAGGUUUUUACCACAAGCUGAAGAUGCACCAUCCCCAGGAACGUAUGACUGCAGCACGGUGGUUGCAACAGAUGUCAAAUGACAACCUUGAAUCUGAUCUUACCACCAUUUACUCCCGUUUAAAGAACACUCCACAAUACUGGCGUAAACCAAGAAAUAAUGUGGAUGCUAUGACUCAAGCAUAUGGAGCAGCAACAUGGUUUGUCACACUGAGUCCUGCAGAAUGGACCUGGACUGACCUGGGACAAUACAUAAAGGAGGUGAAUGGACCAGGCUUUGCAAACUUACCUAUCAGUGAACUUGUUGCACAAGAUCCUGUCAGUGCAUCUCGGUUCAUGCACAACAAGUUUCUUGCAAUCUUGAAUUUUAUCACAUCUCCAAAUGGUCCUCUGGGGAAAGUUACACAUUACUUUUGGCGCAGAGAAUACCAGGGUCGUGGAAUGCAGCACUUCCACAUGCUUCUUUGGGUGGAAGACGCACCACUUAUUGGUGUUUCCCCCAACUCACAAAUUGCAAAGUAUAUUCAUGAACAUGUCACCUGUGCCAUUCCAAAUGACUUGAUAGCACCUGUACUCAGAGACCGGGUCUUGAAAUGGCAGCAACAUAAAUGCAACAAGUACUGUCUAAGAUCCAAGAAAACCCCAAACAAGGUGGUGACAGUUUGUCGCUUUGGAUUUCCCAGAAAAGAACAAACCAUGGUGGUAAUCCGAGAUGUGGCUGAGGCCAUUGCUGGACGGAAAGGACUAAAUCCUCAUAGUAGACUCUAUGAUCUCCCACGGAGUAGUACAGAAGUCAGGACCAAUGACUACAAUCCAGCCAUUUUGCUAGCUUGGGAAGGCAAUAUGGAUAUCCAGUUCAUUGGCGAACAAUCUACAGCCCUCAACCGCUGCAUUACAAAAUACCUCUCCAAACCUGAGAAGAGUUACCCCUUUAGCAUCAUGAAUGACAUCAACUCAAACAAGUCUCUGACCAGCAGACUGUGGAAUGUUGUACUCCGCAGUUUGUCCAACAGAGAAUGUGGUGCACUUGAAGCAGCAGACAACCUCCUAGGCUUACCUCUCUAUGGCACAGAUCCGCAGACAACCAUCAAGUGGAUUGAUGUAUCAAAGGUAUCUAGCCGCCGGCUGAAAUCCAAAGAAAACAUUGACAUGCUAGCAAAAGAAAGUCCUGACUCAACUGACAUCUACUUCCCUUCCUGGAUUGACUCCUACUACCCAAAACGUCCUGAGGCUCUGCAAGACAUGAGCCUCUAUGAUUUCAUUGCAUGGCAUGAUGUGGUGACAGAGAAGCCCAAAAAUGAAAACAUCCCUUGUUACAUGUUUCCCUUUGGGUACAUCAAAAAAAGACGCAUCCCCUACCUAAUCAAUCAUUACCAUUACAGUGUACAAGACUGCCCAGAGGACUACUUCUAUGCUAUCCUCCUACUUUUCAAGCCAUGGAAAGACAGAAGAGAUAUUCUUUCUGAAGGGUGUCAUUCCUAUGUGGAAGCCUUCCGUGCAUGUAAGGAUAACCUGCAAAAAGCUAUGGCCUAUCAUGACCAACUACAACAAAUAGCAGCAGCUGAUGAGGAGGUAACUCGACUAGUAGAGAAAAAACAAAAGGAAAUAGAGGCUGAAGAGGACAAUGAUAUUCUAACAGAAGAACCUGAAAAUCCAGUUUGCUUUGCUCCUCUGCAGGCUGCAGAGGCAGUGGCUGAAUUCAGGGAUGUGGCGGCACAACCUCUUCUACAAAAUGUACAAGACAUGCUCACGCGCCUUAAUAAAGAUCAGCAGAGAGUGUUUGACCACAUUGCCAAAACUUUGCAACAACAAACUGAAACAAACGCCUCCAUCCUCCGCAUGUUUGUGAGUGGCACUGGAGGCACAGGGAAGACUUUUCUCAUUCAAACUGUCGCAGCAUGGGUGAGACAGAGCCUGGGAAAAGAAGUGGCAAUCACAGCACCCACUGGAGUUGCAGCUCACAAUAUCAAUGGGAUGACCAUUCGCAGACUACUAAUGCUUCCAGUGGAGCAUGGAAAAACACCAGUGUAUCGUAACCUCUCUGAUGAGGUACUGCAAUGCCUUCGUACAGACAUGCGAGACGUGACCCUCCUCAUUAUUGAUGAGGUGUCCAUGAUUACCAACGUCACUUUAUUGUACAUCCAUCUUCGUCUGUGUGAGAUUUUCCAGACUGCUAACACAGAUGAUGGCUGGUUUGGAAAAAUCAACAUCUUACUUCUGGGGGAUUUGUUACAGCUUCCACCUGUGCAUGAGAAUCCACCUUAUGUGCCAGUUACUCAAGAGGAAUUGCACAAACUGACUGGCUCCAUGGGAUCUGUGGAUCUGUGGAAUUUAUUUGCAUAUGAUGAACUCACAAUCAAUAUGCGCCAGAAGCAGGACAGGACUUUUGAAAACCUCCUUAAUCGUGCCCGACUUGGAGCCACCAACCAAGCUGAUCACAGAUUGUUGACUUCACACUUGAUACCUAUGGAAAGAGGCGAUCUUUCCAGCUACAAAAAACAAAUUAUCAAACACAUGAAAGACUUAGAUGCCAAGGAUCCAAGCUCAACCUGCAUCAUGCCUACUGUAGAUGCCUGUAACCAGAUCCAGACUGCCAUACUUGAUAGUAUGCCAGGAGAGGACAUUCAUCUUAUGGCAAUUGACACUGUGGACUGCCCUCGUAACUUCCGAAGAAAUGUGCUGAAAAAAAUGAACGCCUGCAAGGCUGACUGCAGUCGGGCAGCUGGACUGGAAACUAUCAUACGAGUCAAAAUAGGAUGCAAACUGAUGCUUCGCAAGAACAUUGACAUUGCCACUGGUCUCAUCAAUGGGGCAAUAGGGAAGCUUCAAGCUGUUUCCUACCAUCUGGAAAACACAAGUAUGGUCAAAACCAUAACCAUCAAAUUUAACAAUGGAGUCACCCAUACCUUUGAACGCAUGCGCUCAAAGUUUGAAAUCAUGGACAGAGUCUACAUUGUUCGAGAGCAGUUCCCAGUCGUUGGUGCUCAUGCAAUCACCAUUCACAAAUGCCAGGGGAUGACUCUAAAUACAGUUAUGAUGGAUCUUGGCAACUCCAUUUUUUCCUGUGGACAAAGUUUUGUUGCACUUUCCAGAGUUACAUCCUUAAGUGGUGUCCAUCUUAUCAACUUUGACCCCACCUGCAUUAAGGCACUUCAAACUGCAGUUGUAGAAUACAAUAGGCUCAGAGGGAUUUAUUGGCCUACGUUGAUAAGCAUGAAGGAGACCAAUACACACAAGGGACAAAAGGACUGCCUUAUCCUGGUGAAAGCCAAGGAACAAAGAUGGAGUCUGUUUACAUUAGACAGGAGGAGGUUCUGAAAUUAGUACCUCUCUGCAUUAAACAGGAGAUGCCUGAACUGGAGCCUGUCCACAUUAAAGAGGAUACUGAACUGGAGCCUGUCCACAUUAAAGAAGAGACUGAACUGGAACCUGUCCACAUUAAACAGGAAGAGACUGAACUGGAGCCUGUCCACAUUAAACAGGAAGAGACUGAACUGCUGUCUGUCCACAUUAAACAGGAAGAGACUGAACUGGAGCCUGUCCACAUUAAAGAGGAUACUGAACUGGAGCCUGUCCACAUUAAAGAGGAAGAGACUGAACUGGAGCCUGUCCACAUUAAACAGGAAGAGACUGAACUGCUGUCUGUCCACAUUAAACAGGAAGAGACUGAAAUGGAGCCUGUCCACAUUAAAGAGGAUACUGAACUGGAGCCUGUCCACAUUAAAGAGGAAGAGACUGAACUGGAGCCUGUCCACAUUAAACAGGAAGAGACUGAACUGCUGUCUGUCCACAUUAAACAGGAAGAGACCAAACUGUUGUCUGUCCACAUUAAACAGGACGAGACUGAAAUGGAGCCUGUCCACAUUAAAGAAGAGACUGAACUGCAGCUUGUCCACAUUAAGGAUUCAGAAAACAUAUCCCGACCAAAGAUAUCACAUCAAUGUACUGAAUGUGGGAAGUGCUUCACUCGGUUAGGACACUUACAAAACCACCAGCGGAUUCACACUGGAGAGAAGCCAUAUCAGUGUACUGACUGUGGGGAGAGCUUCAAUCAGUCAGGAAACCUAAAUAGACACCAACGAAUUCACACUGGAGAGAAGAUGUAUCACUGUACUGAAUGUGAGCAGAGUUUCAGUGUAUUGGGACACCUGAAAACCCACCAACGAAUUCACACUGGAGAGAAGCUGUAUCACUGUACUGAAUGUGAGCAGAGUUUCAGUGUAUUAGGACACUUGAAAACCCACCACCGAAUUCACACUGGAGAGAAGCCGUAUCACUGCUUUGAAUGUGGGCAGAGUUUCAGUGUAUUAGGACACCUGAAAACCCACCACCGAAUUCACACUGGAGAUAAGCUGUAUCACUGCUUUGAAUGUGGGGAGAGCUUCAGUCGGUUACAAAGCCUAAAAAGACACCAUCGAAUUCACACUGGAGAGAAGCUGUUUCACUGUAAUAAAUGUGGGAAGAGCUUCAGUCGGUUAGAAAGCCUAAAAAGACACCAUCGAAUUCACAAUGGAGAGAAGCCGUAUCACUGUACUGAAUGUGGGAAAAGCUUCAGUCGGUUAGGACACCUAAAAAGACACCAUCGAAUUCACACUGGAGAGAAAUCGUAUCACUGUACUGAAUGUGGGAAAAGCUUCAGUCGGUUAGGACACCUAAAAGGACACCAACGAAUUCACACUGGAGCCAGCCUCCCUCCCUCCCAGUCCCUCACCUCUCCACCCUGCUUGUUUGAGUGUAUGGAGAGCUGACUGAUUAUAUCUCUCUCUCUCACCCUUCAGUAAAUGACUUGGGUCCCCAGGAGUGAGAGCCAGCCUGAAUCCAGAGACACUGAGAAGGGGAGCGUGUCAAACUGAAGGAGACAGACCCAUUAUUUCAGAAUAAACUGGAGAGCCCUGAGAUUCAGCUCCACUCCUGACUGAAUUGGAAAUGAAUCUCAUUCAUCAUGCUGUGAGGAUUUAGGACAGAGCUGCAGGGUCAUUUUACUUAGAAGGGACACAUUGGAAAUAUAUGCCAAGCUUUUUCUCUGAACGCUUAUAUGUGUGAUACGAACCCAGCAAAGCUGCCAGUAACAUUCAUCAUAUUUUAUAUAUGCUAUUUACUUUGUGCAACACAUGGCAUUACUGUACCAGUGUCAGUGAGUACAGUAGAAGAUACAGAAGUGAAUUGUUUAAAAUAAACUAAAUAUAGCCUUAAAACUAAGGCUAUCUUCAUGGGUGUGGCAGCAAUGUGUGCUUCAUCUAACUAGAAUGGCCUCUAAGCUCUUGCUUAGAGCUGACAAAAUCUUGUGUUUUUUUAAUUCUUUGUUUUAUUUCAAGUGGUACAAACCUUGCCCUGGAGCAAAUACUGGUUUGGUUUUGAAUGAAUUUGAACGAAUCAAUUUGCUGAGUGUUUAAAUACUGAGAAACUCUAAGCUUGUUGUAUACUGGAUCCGUGCUUCAAUGCAAUGGGAUUGAAAUACAAUUCCUAUUGUUUUUUAAUGAGUAUAUUGUUGUAUAUCCAAUUAUUAUGACAGCUCCACAAUACUAGAGCUGUAUAAAUAUACUGUAAAACAUGAAAGGUUUGCAAGCAAACAAUUUUUGCAUUUUGCAUGUGUUAAAAAUCUGCAAAACAUACAUGCUGCAUCAUUACCAUGAUUACUACAUUCAUAGUUUAUACAGUUUAUGAAUAAUUGAUCUAAACAAUCUGCAGAAUGAAGUUGCCUCAGACUGUUUGACAGUAACAGAGCUGGUGCUUUUGUGGAAUCACCAUCAGCUGUUUAUUCCUUUUGGACAGUAUAUGGUUUGUAUUUUGUAUCAGUAUGCUAUCAUUAGAGUGACAAUACAGUACAUCCUAAGGCAAGCUUAGCUCUUUAGAAAGGAUUUCAUUCACACUGAGUUUGAGUUCCUGUAUGUUUUCGAGUAUCUUUGUAUAUAAAGGGUGUGUGAGAAAUU